GGUCCAACCCGGAUGUGGGUGGACCAAGUUUGCUCUCGGACGCCAUCAACAAAUUCCCCCAGUUAAAAAGAAAACUAAGGUUUUUUUCUUUCAAAAUAUAUUAAUUCUCCAUGUUGCAGUGAAGUUCAAAGCGUGUAAUAUUAUUAAAACCACAACGUCCGAUGUAUGCCAAAACGUAUUUUUGAAAAUGUAAAAUAUUGCUUGGUAUUCUCAUUUAAACCUACCUCACGUGUGGAAUUUCAUUUUCUGUUUAUACCUUUGACCAAGGAAACCCGUCGGUUAGGGGUAACCAGAGGUUCCCAUGGCCAGCUCCAUACAUCUGAUGACUACCAGCUAUGGGCAGUGGGUUAAAUCUACAUAAUCCCAGCUGAAUCGUACACACUCAGAGACUUGUUGGUUUGGAGAGUGGCUACAAAAAUCAGCAGCUUGAUGUUGCACGACAAAAUCCGAAACGUCUGCCACAUCUGCAGGAUUUUUUUCCAUUGCUUGAGGUCUCUCUCCACACGCCAGGAUUCCCAGCCCUGUAACUAUUGUUCUGCCAGUCUUUUACUAACAACUGAGAGCUUGGCAAGCAAAGAGACACACUGCUUACUUUCCUUCUCAUUUCUAAAUUGCGUUCUAUUUGUAAUGGAGUGUUUCUAGUGAUAUGAUUUCACAGCAAAGCACAAAAUCAAUUCUGUGUAGCUCAGUAUCAAAUCUGAGUCCUAAGCAAAUGUUGGAAAUGUAUCAUGAGGCUCCUGAAUACAGCGUGGAAUAUGUAAUAGGUGAAAAUGGCGAGGAGGAGACUGUCCCAAAAAAUGACUCUGAUGAGAACACAGCUGGUUCUUGUGAAACUUCUGACAGUUCAGAUUUGGAGGAAAUUGCUUCACUUCCCCCCAUUGAACUCCUCAUGAAACCCCCCAUUAACCCCCCCAAUCAACAGCCCAUUAAACCCCCCAUUACAAAUGGAGUAACCUGCAAUAAGUGUGGUAGGGGACCUUUCAGGUCAGUGAAGCGCCAUUUGCUUUACUGUCAUGGGGUGAAGGAAAAGUUUCAGUGUGUUUUGUGCAAGCACUACUUUUUUAGUGAAGAGACUCUACUGGAACACCAUACGCCCCUGUAUUUGUGUCACAGCUGUGGCCAGGUUCUCCCCACCAAGAACUCAUUCAGCCGCCACCCGUGUCCCAGAGAAGUCAAAUCCACUUUGGUGCUCUUCUGCUCUCAGUCAAUGCCGAAAGCAUGCAAAUUAUGCAAGUCAUACUUCUCCUCUGAAAAAGCUUUGUCAAUCCAUGUCACCAAAGUUCACUUAUCUGAAAGCUACGCCAAACAUUGCAUUGUAGCUGGUUCAUCAUUGUUGACAGAAGGCACGAGUGUCCAAAACCAGGCUGCUAGCAGAAAUCUCUAUGUUGGCCAAGCUCAUGUAGAUCCCAACAGCCCAACUGCAGACACUCGGGACUCCGAGUUAGAUGCUUCGUCAGCGCUUUCUAUUCUUGCCCUGUUUGAGAACGAGAGCCAACGGUGGGCUCUGAUGAAGCGGAUGAACGCAGGAUGGCGCUCCAAAACCCCUUGUCCCUGCAGGCAGUGUGGCGCUGUCCUCCGGCAACCCUCCUUCGCCAUCAUACACCGCUACCUCCAUCGAGGCCAACGCUUGCACCUCUGCCAGUGUGGGCGAGCUUUCAGGCACCAGCUGCACCUCCUGCGACACUGCGUUCAGCACGCUGAGGCUCUGAGCUACAUCUGCGUUGGCUGUGGUGACACUUUUUCUGGAGCAAAACAUUUAACACAGCACCUAACGGGCAAAACGUGGCAAAGAUCUCGACACGGGUGGACAGUGAAAGAAAGUGAGAAUAAAAAGUGCUGCAAGCCCUUCAUGUGUGACUGUGGACUGGUGUUUUUGAGGCCCUCAGCCUACAUAUGGCACCAACUUAAAAACAGAACUAAAAGAAAGAGCCUUUGAAGAAGUGCAGGGUCCGUUUGGUUUCCACUAAAACCAGUAAUGAAAAACCAAAAAAACAAUUGUCUUUUUAUUUUCAAUUUAAAACACAAAAUAUGAAAUUGAAUUGCAAUCUUUGUUCUUUUUGUUGUCAGAAAAACAUCAAAAAAGUAUAUUUGAUUAUUUUUGUUUAUAUUUAAAAUGAGAAUAUAAAACCUAAUGAAACAUGGGACCGAUUUUUCAUGACACCUUUACAAAACACUGGGCCAUGUAGGUUUGGAUUUGUUCCCUCUUUCACAAUAAAAAUCCUCAUUUAUACACUGCA